AUUCGUCCGAAAUAAACGUCGUAGUUACGUGUUCAUGUUUAGGAAACGAUAAAACUUUAGAUACGAAAUAAUACGGUCGCUGAUUAUGGUGUUUUCGAAUGAAAUUCAAAAACUACCGAACUAUCAUAUAAAACAAAGUGUAAACAAACAAAAGCCACAAAAAAUUAAUGCAAACUUUCCUUCGUGGCGGUUCAAAUUUGAAUCCAACUGGAUAUCGACUAAACCACGUGAUGGCAUCGGCAGUGGAAUCGACGCUCAAAAUACUGUUUCUGGGUGCCGUAGAUGCCGUUAAACCGAAAGCUCUGUUUGAGAGUUACCUCCGUAAUAAUACUCCGCUCUCAGAACAGCUACAAGUUCCCGAUAAACGCUACCACCUGGUCGGUUUCGGCAAAGCGGUACUCGGAAUGGCAGUUCAUAUGGAACGACUAUUGGGCGAUCGAUUGAAAGGUGGGUUUAUUAGCAUUCCAGUUGGAACGACGGAGCGGUUUAAAUUAGACAGAGAUUUCCAGCUAAGCGAUCCAACAAAACUGAAAGUAUUUGAGUGCGCGAGAAAUAAUCUCCCUGAUCGGGAAGCUGUUGAUGCAGCCAAAAUUAUUAAGUCAUUUGCCAAAUGUCUGACCAAAGAGGAUAUUUUAUGUGUACUGAUUUCCGGAGGAGGAUCGGCUCUACUGUCACUGCCGAAAGAACCGGUUUCGCUGCAAGAAAAACUGUUUAUAAUAAAACAGCUUGUGGCGGCUGGAGCAUCCAUUGAUGAAUUGAAUACGAUUCGGAUUCAGCUUUCCGAUGUGAAAGGCGGCAAACUGGCAUUUGCUGCUAAGAAUACUUCCGAUUUGAUAAGUUUUGUCAUUUCUGAUAUUAUCGGUGACCCGAUUCCACUGAUAGCGAGUGGACCUACAGCGAAAAAUAAUACUACGCGGCAAGCCGCUCUAGAAAUUUUACAAAAAUAUGAUUUAAACAAGAAACUGCCUUUAAAUGUAAAACAAGUGCUCAAUAGCUCCUUACCUGAACCAGAUUUUGAUAUUAGGGAAAAUAUUCAUCUUGUUGGCUCUAAUCAAGUAGCUAUUAAGAGUAUAGUUCAGAAUUGCCAAAAUACUUCAUUGACUGCCAUAAAAAUGUCUACAACUGUUGAAGGAAACGUAAAGGACAUUUGUCGGGAGUAUAUUGAGUUAGCAUCUCUGGUGAUUCAGUUACAGCGAAAGCUGAUCAAUACUAGCGAAUUUAUAUACAAGAUGAUGCAGUUCAAGACUAUAGGCUGUAGUGAUUUGCAGAGAAACAAAAAAAUUGUGGAUCACAUUUUGGAGAACAUCGAAAAGGAUUUGCUACUGGUGUUUGGAGGGGAACCGACAGUGAUUAUAAAGGGUAGUGGCGUAGGUGGACGCAAUCAGGAACUAGCGCUACUUUUUAGUCAUGAAUGCUUCGAACGUAGGGAACUGCUAGACCAGGUGCGGUUUUUAUCGGCCGGCACCGAUGGAAUUGAUGGGCCAACGGAUGCCGCAGGAGCGAUCGGCGGGGCUUGCGUGAUCGAGUGUUAUGAACAACAAGGUUUAACAAAACCGGUGGAGCAAUUUAUUGAGGAAAAUGAUUCCUAUAAUUUCUAUCGAAAUGUUAAAAAUGGAUUGUAUCACAUAGUAACUGGUCAUACCGGUACCAACGUCAUGGAUAUUCAUCUGUUGUAUAUUCCAAAGGACAAAAGGAAAUAGAUUGUGAUAAAUAGAGUGAAAUCAAUUAAACACUAUGAAGAUAUAUUGAGUAGGAAAUGUAUUUUGUUUUUCAGAGAUGGCUGAACCGAUUUUCAUAAAAUCAGUGUCAAAUGGAAGGUCUAGUUGCCCCAUAAGACCCUAUUGAUUUGUUUUGCAAUCGGACUAUUAAUUUGCCUGUUAUGUUUGAAAAUGUGAAAUCCAGCUAUGAAAAGGAACAUUUUCCAAAGACUACUUGAACUCACUCACUUUUCUCAGAGAUGGCCGACCCGAUUUCCACAAAAUUAGUGUCAAUUAAUAAGUCUAGCUGCCUCAUAACACCCUAUUGAAUUUGACUGUAAUCGGACUGUAACUUCGUCUGUAAAAUACCAAAAUGUGAAAAUCACGAAACUUCAUUAUCUCAAAAACUACACAACCGAUUUGAUCAAUAUUAUUAUCAGAUGAGCGGGCUAGUUAAGGGUUAACUGAUGAAUUAUGAUUGAACACGUAGUUUCAAAGUUUGGCUGCCCUAUACGUUCCCAUUCCAUUUGAUUAUAAUUGAACAUAAGCCACCGUUAUGUAUUAAAUUGUUAAUAAAACAAUGAAAGUCUAUUAUUUCACAUGACUUAUUUAAACAUAACUAGUGUCAUACGAACGAGUCAUCUCUCAAACUUACAAAUAACAAACUUCAUAACAAUUUAAUAUAUGGCUCACAGGUUAUGGAAAAAAAAGAAGACUAUUUAAAACUAUACCUGCUUUGAUUGAUAUAUUUAUGUGGCCUCAACAUAAUUUAAAUGUGGUUUUGUACUAUUUGAACGUUCCAAAGUCAUUGAUUCAAUAUGUAUCACCCUAUAGUCAAAAGUUUGUAACCUCAAAACCCAGCGUUCGAUUCGCGCGCACGGCUUGGAGCGGAUUGCAAACAAAAAAGCUAAUGCUUUGCAAUCUGUCAGGAUAUCGAACGAUCUCCCUAGUAAAUAAAACUGAAAACGUUCCACUGCCCAGACUAUAGCCAGCGCCUCCUUUUCAGUCUGGCAGUAUCUACGCUCAGGUCAACGAUUUGGAGGCAAAACUUACUACACGAUGCUCGUUAUGCUGGUUGAACAGGACUAGUAUUGCCCCUAGCCCAUGCGGACUUGCGUCAGUAAUGACAGCUGUUCGGUCUGCUAAUCUAUAGAAUCCUAGAUUUUGAACAUUGCUCGAAGCCGAUUUGAUCUUGUUGAAAGCAUCGUUUUGUUCCUUUGACCAUUCGAAUUUGACAUCUUUUGCUAACAAUUUUCGUAGUGGUUGAUCUAUAGUUGCUUAAUUCGGUAUGAACUUGUUCAUGUAGUUGGCUAAGCCGAGGAAGCUGCGGAGCUCCUGAUCAUUUUAGGUUCACGGAACGAUAACAAAGCUAACAUCUUCGUAUCUGAAGGUCGGAUCCCUGUUCUGGAGAUUCUGUGUCCCAGGAAAUCCAAUUCGGUAACACGAAACAGACAUUUCUCCCAGUUGAGAGCCACAUUUCGAUUUUUCAAACGAGACAACACCUGCAACAAUUCAUACUUCGUAAGGAUUUUUUGAGUUAUAAAUAAAACUAGUGA